UUGUUUUCCUUGAUCGAAGUUACAACUCACAACUCUUCCUUUACUGUGUCAAAGUACUAGUCAGGUAUUAGUCGAACAGUGGAAUGGAUAUUAAACUAAAAAGCACUCAAAAGGGUGAAAACUAAUGACAAAUUAUCAGUUUGUCCAAUCAGCUGUGUUAUGCUCCAAAAAAAUAGCCAAUGAAAACUAAGAAUGGAAACAUAAUACGUACAAGCAAAGUUAACGUUGUCUUGAUUCUGUGAAAUAAUCUAUCCAAGGAGAUUGUCAGAUAAACGUCAAAAUGUUGUCAGCUGACUUCUCACAAAUCUCGUGACAAGUUGUGGUAGAUUUCGGAUUUUGCUCUGAUUUUUCCAGCAAUAGUUUUAUUCCAGUACGUGUAGUGUUUGGGUGAGGUUCCGGUAUACGUACACAUUACAGAUAAAUCAUCAACCAUGUCAAAAUUGCCAAAGAUUCUUGAUGAGGAUAAAGAGGGGCAAUAUGGAUAUGUCCAUGCUGUGUCUGGGCCUGUUGUUACAGCAGAAAAAAUGUCUGGAUCAGCUAUGUAUGAGUUGGUUCGUGUUGGUUACUAUGAAUUGGUGGGUGAGAUCAUUCGUCUUGAGGGAGACUUUGCUACCAUUCAGGUAUAUGAAGAAACAUCUGGUGUUACCGUAGGUGACCCUGUCCUGCGUACUGGGAAACCACUGUCUGUGGAACUUGGCCCGGGCAUUAUGGGUUCAAUUUUUGAUGGUAUCCAGCGUCCUUUAAAAGACAUCUGUGACAUGACAGAGAGCAUUUACAUCCCCAAAGGUGUGAAUGUCCCCUCUCUUUCCAGAACUGCCAAAUGGGAGUUCAAUCCCAUCAACAUCAAGCUGGGAUCUCACCUUACAGGAGGUGACAUUUAUGGUCUAGUUCAUGAAAACACUCUGGUCAAGCACAAAAUGUUGUUGCCUCCAAGAGCAAAAGGAACAGUCACUUAUGUUGCAGAGCCAGGCAACUAUACUGUUGAUGAGGUUGUAUUAGAAACGGAAUUUGAUGGAGAACGCACAAAAUACACCAUGUUGCAAGUAUGGCCUGUACGUCAACCACGUCCAGUCAGCGAAAAAUUGCCUGCCAACCAUCCACUACUUACCGGACAACGUGUAUUAGAUUCUCUUUUCCCAUGUGUUCAAGGUGGCACAACAGCUAUCCCCGGUGCCUUUGGUUGUGGAAAAACUGUGAUUUCACAGUCCUUGUCAAAGUAUUCCAACUCUGAUGUAAUCGUUUACGUCGGUUGUGGAGAGAGAGGUAACGAGAUGUCCGAAGUACUGCGUGACUUCCCCGAAUUAACAGUGGAAAUCGAAGGUCAAACGGAAUCUAUCAUGAAGCGUACAGCAUUGGUGGCCAACACCUCUAACAUGCCCGUGGCGGCCAGAGAAGCCUCUAUCUACACGGGUAUCACCUUGUCCGAGUAUUUCCGAGACAUGGGUUACAACGUGUCCAUGAUGGCCGAUUCUACUUCACGUUGGGCAGAGGCCUUGAGAGAAAUUUCAGGUCGUUUAGCUGAGAUGCCUGCCGAUUCAGGCUACCCAGCUUACUUGGGUGCCCGUUUGGCUUCCUUCUAUGAGCGUGCUGGUCGCGUCAAAUGUCUUGGAAAUCCUGACAGAGAAGGUUCUGUCUCCAUCGUGGGUGCCGUAUCGCCACCUGGUGGUGAUUUCUCAGAUCCCGUCACUUCCGCCACUCUAGGUAUUGUGCAAGUGUUCUGGGGUCUGGACAAGAAACUAGCCCAACGUAAGCAUUUCCCUUCCAUCAACUGGCUGAUUUCUUACUCAAAAUACACAAGAGCAUUGGACGACUUUUACGACAAGAACUUCGCUGAAUUUGUGUCGUUGAGAACGAAAGUUCGAGAAAUUUUGCAGGAAGAGGAAGAUUUGUCAGAAAUUGUACAACUGGUCGGUAAGGCUUCUUUGGCAGAAACUGACAAAAUCACUUUGGAAAUCGCCAAACUGCUCAAGGAAGAUUUCCUGCAACAGAACUCUUACUCCUCCUAUGAUAGAUUCUGCCCAUUCUAUAAAACUGUAGGCAUGCUGAAGAACAUGAUUGGUUUAUAUGAUAUGGCUAGACAUGCGGUCGAAAGCACAGCACAAUCAGAAAAUAAAAUCACCUGGUCCGUCAUUAAAGAAUCCAUGAGCAACAUUUUGUAUCAGCUGAGCAGUAUGAAGUUCAAGGACCCCGUUAAAGAUGGAGAGGCGAAAAUCAAGUCUGAUUUCGAUCAGCUCUACGAGGAUAUCCAACAGGCCUUCAGGAAUUUAGAGGACUAGAUCAAUUUUGAUGUAAGUAUACUCGGCAUUUUCUACUAACAUUUCGUAACAUUUUAAGAGGCAGUGGAUCAUGAAGCAUAUUUGAAAAAUUCGUCUUAGCAAUGUGAAAGCUGGAUGAGGAAAAAAUGGAUUGUAAGUUAGGUAUUAGUUCAAAGAUAGCAGAUGCGAUAUUAUUUGAGGAAAACUGAAUAUAAUUUGAAAUCUUAUCUCGACUUCAAAUAUUAAUUAAAUUUUCAAGAAGAGAACUAAAAGAAUCAAUUACAGUUUUUACUUUGCUCGCCAAAUGGUGAGGGAAAAUACUGUAAAUGAUAAAGAUUUUUGUUGUAUAAUAUAGUUUUUUGAAGCCAGCCCAUUCUUCAAGUCAGAGAAGAUUGCCCAGAUAUUGGAGAAUUUUGGGCAUGUUACUGAGAAUGAAAAAAUUUUGUAGAUGCUCAAAAUUGGUCUAACAGUGUCGAAAUUAUGAGCCAAAGACAAAAGCUCAUAUUGAAAUAAGACAACAUACUGCCAUCUAUUACCAGAAUCGACCACUGCGAGAGUGAAACAGCAAGCUGUGAGUUCGCAUUUGACAUCCGGGUCACCACUGUGGCCGCUAGAUGCCGCCGAUUCUGGUGGUAUAGUAGCUGUUUCGUGCUGUCCAUGGUUGGCCGUCUGUGGUCGAACGGACGAAAGUUCGUUCAAUGGCGAGUAGACCAUAUCUACCAUAUCACCAGAAUCAGCGGCAACUAGCGGCCACAGUGGUGACGCGGAUGUCAAACGCGAACUGACAGCUUGCUGUUUCACUCACAAUGGUGAAUUCCGGUAAUAGAUGUCACUUUGUGCUGUGUUAUUUCUAUAGAUGUCCUGGAUAGAGGAUGGUCGCUCAGCUAUUGUUCGUUGUCCCAUCAGAGGAUAAGCCUAGACCACAGCCCUGUUCGUACAGAUUUCGCCAAUCUGACAGGGAUUGUGUCCAAGAUCCCAUCACACAAAUUUCGUUCAUUCUGAUACGCUAUAUAGACGGAAUUCACACGGCCGGAUCUCAGACAGUGUCUCCGACCACUGUAAGAACUAACCUCAUGCUUGCGAGUUGGCCGUCUGCGGUUGGAUGGACGAAAACUACAGUUAGGUGCAAAACUGAGUCAGUACCUUAUGAUUUAAUAAAAAUAGGCGUGUAAAGCUGGGAUUAACUACUAAAUAAUAAAAACAUAAUUAUAUUUGAAAACCUUAUUUACUUUAAUUAAGGAUAACCCUCAUCCAAUCACUUUCAGUCCAGUUUAUAUAUUGUUUAACGAAUUAUUUUUCAGAUUUAUUUUUUUUGUAAGGGGAGGUUUCUUUUUCUUCUCUACAGCUCGCAUAUUCAUAUUGUGUAAUGCACGACGAACAUUCCACUUACUCGCUGACGUGCCAGUAUCUUGCCUUAACACAUUCGCUGCCGCUGGCUCUUAUAAGAGUCAACGCGAGAUGUUCGCCGGUGCCGCUGAUUCUUAUCAGAGCCAAGGUACAAUACUGGAGGCACUCAAAGGCACAAAUUAGUAAAACGUGAUUUAGAUGGUAAAAAACAAGUAUCCAGAAAAAGAUGCCAUUCUUGUGACAAGAAGGGAAUCCGUACCCAAACGAUGUACGAAUGUAGAACAUGCCCUGAUGUUCCAGGAUUCAGCUUGGAGGGCAGUGAUAUUAUUCAAAAAUAAUUUUUUGCACUAAAAAUAGUCUGCCUUCACCACACAUUUGUUGUAUUCUAAAAAAAAAUUUUUUUUAUAUCGAUGCAGCCGCGCAGGCAGAAACCUAAAUGCUGGAACACCUCGGCUGCUAUGAUGAUCCCAAAUAAAUUUUGUUAAUACGAUUAGUAGAACUGGGAAAAGCUUCCUGUUGUAGAUUGUUCCACAAUCUCGAUACCCUCGGGACAAAGGAGCGGCCGUAUCCGACAGUUCUGGAUGUACGGAGUUCGACACGGUUAGGAUGGGACGCCAAAGUCAAGCGGGUCUGUCUGGCAGGCACAUCGCGCGGCGCCAUCAUGGAAGAGAGCUGUGAGGAGCAAAGCCCGUUGGUGUAGCGGUAGAAAAGACCUAGAUCGCCGACGGCCCGCCCUAAACAAAUAUC